CAGAAAUUAAUUAUAUUCAACUUCAAGUACUAGAAAAUAGUGUCCUGUGUGUCGGAUGCAUGAGUGUAUAAGAUACCAGGAAUUUUUGCUUUUGGAAGAACUUGAUUCUAGUAGUAAUCUUGAAAAGUCUGGUUUACGACCCAAGCCUAAUGACUGUACUGUGGAAAUUAAAGACAUCUCCUGUAAAUGGGAUAAGGAGAGUGAGCAGUUAACAUUAGAUAAUAUCAAUGUUAGUGUUAGAGCUGGUGAAUUAUUAGCUGUUAUUGGUCCAGUAGGUGCUGGCAAGUCUUCUCUGUUAAUGGCGUUACUAGGAGAGUUACCCUUAAUCAGUGGAAAUAUCAAUGUCAAGGGUAAAGUGGCAUAUGUGUCGCAACAGCCGUGGAUAUUUUCUGGCACUCUACGACAAAAUAUAACUUUCGGACAACAGUAUGAUAAAUCUAAAUUCAACAAAAUAGUGAAAACAUCAGCUCUUACUCGUGAUUUAGAAAUAAUGCCAGAUGGAGAUAACACUUUGAUAGGUGAUAGAGGAGUCAGUCUUAGUGGAGGUCAAAGAGCACGAGUUAGUUUAGCAAGAGCGUUAUAUACUGAUGCUGAUAUAUAUUUAUUAGAUGAUCCAUUAAGUGCUGUAGAUACAACAGUUGGAAGACAUAUAUUUAAUAUAUGUAUUAAAGGAUUAUUAUUAAAAAAUAAGCCAUGUGUAUUGGUCACCCAUCAACUACAAUAUCUAGAAAAAGCUGAUAAGAUAUUAAUUCUUAAAGAGGGUGCUACAUUAGGUAUAGGAACAUUCAAUGAAUUAUCCAAAUCCGGAAUUGAUUUUGCUUCUUUGUUAAAACGUGAAGAAAAUGAACCAUCGUCCCCACUUCCUGGAGUAGAAAUGUCUUUAUCAAGACAUACAGAAUCUUCCCGUUCUUCAAUCACAGAAAUAGAUAAAAUAGGAUCCGCCUUAUCAUUAACAUCUAUUAACUCAAUGUUUGAGGUUGAUGCCGUACAACUACCUCAAGAAGAAGAACGUAGUACUGGUACUGUUGGUUAUGGUGUAUAUUUUACAUAUUUUAAAACUGGUGCUGGUUGUUUUCUAUUUUUCUUACUUGUAUUAUUAAAUCUGGCAGCUCAAGCUUCUUAUAUCAUGAGUGAUUGGUGGCUUUCUAUUUGGUCCAAUGCAGAAGAUAAACGUCAUCAAGCUUUGUUAUUACAUAAUCAGUUAUUAUCUGAAGGUUAUAAUGUAACAAAUGUAACAAUACCUGUUAUAGAAACAGAAAUCAAUGUUUAUAUAUUUACUGGUAUUAUAUUAGCUGUAUUUCUGUUUGGACUACUUCGAGCCCUCUUGUUCUUCUUCAUUGCUGUACGAGCUUCACAGAAAUUACAUAACCUAAUGUUUGCUAGGAUUCUACGAACUACUAUUAAUUUCUUCGACACUAAUCCAGUUGGUAGAAUAUUAAAUAGAUUUUCUAAAGAUGUUGGUCAUAUGGAUGAUUUAUUACCUGUUACUUUCUUUGACUUCAUUCAGUGUUUUCUGCUGAUAUUGGGAAUAAUAUUAGUAGCAGGUAUAGUUAAUCCCUGGGUAUUUAUACCAACAGUACCAUUAUGUGGUUUAUUUCUCUUAGUACGAAGAUAUUAUAUACAGACCUCUAGAAGUGUGAAAAGAUUAGAAGGAACAACGAGGAGUCCAGUAUUCUCUCAUCUCAGUGCUUCAUUACAAGGAUUACACACUAUACGAGCUUUCAAUAUGGAAGAGAAAUUUAUGGACGAGUUUGACUUACAUCAAGAUCAGCAUACAGAAUCGUGGUAUUUAUUUCUGGCUACCAGUAGAUGGUUUGCUGUACGAUUAGAUUGGUUGUGUGCCUUAUUUAUUACUGCUGUUACUUUUCUCAGUGUUGUCUCAUCUCAGGGAUUAGAUGCUGGUCUAGUUGGUUUAUCUAUAACAUACGCUAUGGCAUUGAUGGGGAUGUUUCAGUGGGGUGUUAGACAGAGUGCUGAAGUUGAAAAUCAGAUGAUAUCAGUAGAAAGAGUUCUAGAAUAUACUCGUUUACCAACAGAGGCUGAUCUAGAAUCCAAACCAGACAAUAAGCCACCAGAUAACUGGCCACAACAUGGUAUAAUUAGUGGAGAAAAGGCGUCAUUAAAAUAUGCUGAAGAUUCACCAGUCAUUCUUAAAGAACUUAAUUUCUGUAUUAGAACCAAAGAAAAAGUUGGAAUAGUAGGAAGAACAGGUGCAGGUAAAAGCUCUCUAAUUAAUAUGUUGUUAAGAUUAUGUGAACCAACUGGUAAAUUAAUGAUUGAUGGUGUUGAUAUAUGUAAAAUUGGUUUACAUGAUCUACGACGUACCAUUAUGAUCAUUCCACAGGAUCCAGUGUUAUUUACAGGCACCCUGCGUCGCAAUCUUGAUCCAUUUGAUAAAUAUGAUGAUUCGUCCUUGUGGACUUCUCUUCAAGAGGUUGAACUGAAGUCGGCUGUUGAAGAACUAAAUGGUGGGCUAGAUGUGGAGGUAUCAGAAGGAGGAAUUAACUUUAGUGUAGGACAGAGACAACUAAUUUGUCUAGCACGAGCUAUUCUGCGUAAAAGUAAAAUAUUAUUAAUAGAUGAAGCUACUGCUAAUGUAGAUCCAGAAACUGAUGCCUUAAUUCAGCAGACAAUCAGACAGAAGUUUAGUCAGUGUACAGUAUUAACUAUAGCACAUAGAUUACAUACAAUCAUGGAUUCUGAUAGAAUUAUGGUUUUAGACAAUGGAAAGAUUGUUGAGUUCGACCAUCCUUUUACAUUAUUAUCUUUUGAUGAUGGUUACUUCUAUAAUAUGGUACAACAAACCGGCCGAGUAGAAGCAGAACAUUUAACAAAUAUCGCUAAAGAAGCUUUCAUGAGGUUGGAAACUGGAGAAAAAGAAGAAGUAUCUAAAACUAAGAACAAUUCUAAUAUAGAAGACAGUGACACAGAGAGCAUCUCUGAAAUUAAAGACACUUCCAAAUUACUUGAUGAAAAUCCAAAACCCAGUGAAAACACAAAUGUGACUGAACACUCCUCUAAUGGUAAGGUAGUUAUAGAUUCUGUAGAUGAUGGCAUUUCCGAAUCCACCCCGAUGGUAAACAAUAUUGACAAAACACAUGACAACAAGCGACCAAUAUUAGAUAAACUGAAAAUAACAUUUAAUAAAAGAGAUGACAACUCUAGUGAUGGCAUAAAUGGUGCAAGUGUGAACGAUAAUACAGUAGAAAAAGUAUCCAAUGAUAAAACAUGUAACGAAUUAGAAGAAAAUAUCAACGAGAACACACACUUGGUUUAACGAUAAGCAUUUGUUUUUAGAUUUUGUUUGUUUUUUAAUUUACAAAGACAUGAAAUUACUUUUGAAUUAUAUGUAAUUUUUAAUGAAUUAAUGUUUUAAUGAAAGUUUUAUCUAAAAAAAAAUAUAAAAAAAUUGAGGAUAUUAUUAUAAAGACCAGUGAUUAAUUUACACAACUUACAAGUAAUAAUUUUAAAAAUCCAACAUUUAACAUUUUCUGGUGAAUCUGAAUAUAUUUUUGGUGAGUGUUUUGUGCUUGUGAUGGGUUUACUAUUGUCAUUUUUAUCCACAUUUGUUUAUACACCCUAGAUAACAAAACAUUUACAAUAAAGGACCUAUCAAAAUGUACAAUAACAAGAAUUAAUCUCAUCCUAAAAUUAAUGUAAGAAAAAACUUACUUUUUGUUUUAAUGUAGUGUGACUUUAAUUCAAGGUGUGAUGCAUCAUCUAGUGCUAUAGGAAUCCCUUGCAAACUGCAAUAUUGUGAAAGUUUACUCUUUUAAGGAUGCAUUAUGUAAGGGCUAAAUCUGCAUAUUGCGGAUCUUUCUUUUGGCCUUAAAUGUUAUAUAAAUUGUUAAUUAUACAUUUAUUCACAUGACAAGUUGGACACAUUGAAACAUGAUCCACAUUUAAUAAUUUAAUUUAAAAUGGAUAAUCAAGACUUGGUUUAUUAUUUUAACAAUGGUAGCAAUGAAAAUCGAGACGAUACUAUUCAUCAAACAUUUAUAACUCAGCUCAGGAUGAAGUAAUUUGACUAAAAUUUUCACUAUAUUCCUUUCUCAUUUUCUAUUUUUAAACUAUUAUUGUGAGAACUGUCAGCUCUUUAUCUAAAUAUACAAUAAUCAAUCUAAGUACAUAUUUAUUGUGGAUUAAGCCAUGAGAAACUUCAUAUAUUAGCACAAAUGAUGCAUCAAGCCUUUAAGGUCAGAGUUGAGAAAUCACUGUACAUUUAUAAUUCUUCUGAGUAAUUGCAAGCACAAAAAGUUGAAAUGAUCCCAAGUAAUAUUUAGUGAUAAUGAUAACAUUCCCUUUACUAGUCAAGUAUUUACUUAAUAUUUAAUACAGUAUGGUUGAUGUAACUGUAAAGAUUUCAAAUGUUGAUUUGUUGUGUGCGAUGACAAACUUUCUACACUGAAAAUUUAAGUCUAAAGUAAAAACCAGUGUUGAAAGUUAACUGAUUUUGUGUUUUGAACUGUCAACAAAAUAAGCCAAAAAUGAAUCUAAAAUUACUAAUAAAGCAAACUUCUGAUUAAUCUUUUGGAACAAAAAUCUCAUUGUAUAGAAUUUGCACCAUCACGAAUAGCAGUAACACAUCAGAUCAACUCAAAUACAUAAUUUAUAUAGACUUAAAUCAAAGAGCGGUAGCUCCUUUAAGAUUUCCAAUCUAGUCUCAAUAACCAUCCCUCUUUGCCAACCAGCCAAGAUAGCUGUAAAACUCAUUGUAAGUUAGACUCUUUGAUGAUACAGCUUCCAUUUGAAAAAUGUGUUGUAUUUGGUAUGAUUAGCGAAGUUUUUUCUUUAAUGAUAAGUCAUGAAGUCAAUUAGUAUUGUGCAUGUACAUAUUUGAAUUUGGUAAUUCUAUCAUCUCUAUAGCUUGUACUUGUAUGUAGAAACUACCAAAUAACCUGAAUUUACUUUAUCAGAGAAAAUCUGAUCCAGUGUUUUUACUAUUUGGCAGAGUUCACUUUAGGUAAAACACAGAUCUAGAGAUAAUUUACGGAGAAGUUUAGUAAUGUAACGUAAGGUCAUCUUAGACAGUUGUAGAUACACCUGUUAAUUACAAACAGAUGUAGUUUUGUAUUGAUGAAAUCCUAUUUAUUCUAUUAUGAAAAUCUGUGGGUAAAUAUAAAUGUCUGAUUUUUCUGACAUUACUUUCCAAUAUUGAGAUAAAGGGUUUUGAAUACUUGUAGUGUGUUCAGUUAUGGAUGUUCUGUUUGUAGGUACAACCAUGUUCUACAUGCCCCAUGAGUUCCACAUGCCUGGUUGAUUCUCUAAGAGAUAUCACUUGUAAAAUUGAUGUAAUUUAAAAAGGAAAUAUAACUGUCCUGUUUAAAACUUGCACUAUCUGAAUGUCUCAUUCUCUCAGAAGUCUGUUCCAUUCCAUAUUUGUCUCCAUAUGGUAUGAAACCAAGUCAAUAAUUGAGAUAUUGAACAAUAAAUUACAUGAUACCAAUCAUCUGUGCACUUGGAUGUUACAAAUUGUAGAGAAAAAAUUGGGACAUGGUAGUCAAUUAAUAUUUAUACAAAGUUAAUCUACAUUUGAUUGGCAUUUAUGAAGUUGCUUAAGGAUAUACUCCACUGUGAGGGGAUGAAACAGGAAAUUAGAAAGUGUAUUAAAAGAGUGUCAGUCCCAUCAUUCUACCUUCCUAGCAAAACCACUCGAAGCAUGGUUCAUACAGUGUCAAUGUUUAGUUUUUCCCCCAAUAUAUUUUUGUAGCACACAAUUGCUUUCAGAAUUUAGUUGUGGAUUUUCAGCUGAUCAUGUGAUGAAUAAGGGGUGUAUGGUUUUGGUUGUACAGCAGUAAAUGUUUUAAUAUGUAAUCAUUUGUAAUCCCAAUUUAUUUUAGUUCAUUUGUUAAGUUUUGCGUUAACACAUGUA